AUGGCUGCGCCAGACCAAACCGCCGAGCUGCCUACCAGCGAUGCUGGCGGCACGGGCAGCCCGGCCUUUGCUGAGCCCAGCAUCAUCGACCUGGUCCUGUGCGACCACCGCAACAUCAGCACCCUGUUUGCUCUGUUUGAGGUGGCGGCGGCGCGCAAGCAGGAGCCUCAUGCGGGGCAUGUGAUGCAGCAGCACGCCAGCGCUCUGUUCCAGGAGAUCCGCCUUCACUCGCAGGCGGAGCUGGAUGUGCUGUAUCCAGCCCUGGAGGCGGAUGCGGCGGGCAGCACCGACAAUGCGGUGCUGGCGCUGACGUGCCGGGACGCAAACCAGCAGGUGGAGGCUGACCUCCUGGCAGUGCUGGCCUCUGCCGGAUGCGCCCUGGGAGGCCCCGCCGCCGCGUCUGGCGCUGCUGGCGCUGGGCCAGGCCCGGAUCAGCUGGAGGCCGCGGUGCAGAGGCUGCAGGCCCACCUGAGCGCACACAUGGUGGAGGAGGAGCGCAUGGUGCUGCCCCGCCUGGCGGCGGCCCUCAGCCCUGAGGAUCUUAUCAUCAUGGGCAAGAACUUCGCAGCAGCCAAGCUGGCCGUCAGCUUCCUGCCCGAGCCCUCCGCCGCUGCUGGCGGCGUGGGCAGCGGCAAGGGCGUGGCGGACAAGGGGAGGCCGGUGGCGGCGGCGCGCACCGACACCGCCGAUGCCUCAGACCAGGCCAUGGUGGAGUGA